UUAUCUUUUGCCUUGUUUCAGCACCCUUGUACCCAUCAUUUUCUUUGGGUGUUUUCCUUUAACCAAACACAACAAACUAAUAAAGGACCUUUACUAGCUAGUGCUGCGCCCUUUUUUCAUCUCAAUCCUUAUCCAUUUAAUUAUAUAUGGAGAGAGAGAGAGAGAGAGAGAGAGAGUUGAUAAAAGCCAUGCCCUCCAUUAUUCUUGCUUUACUCUUAACCCCAUCUUCCUUAUGCUGUAUCUUGUUGAGCAAUAUAUAUAUAUAUAUAUAUAAAAGGAUGGUCCUGCAGCAUUGUAUGCAUAUCCUUCCAUAUUAUUCCAACUUUGCUUCAAUUUGCCAAAUAUUACCUAGGCUACUAACAUUUGUUUGUUUUGUUUUAUUUGAUCAAUUUCUACUAACUAUCUCAGAGACAAAUCUGGAGGCAAGGGCAACAGUAACAUCUGGCUGGCUACAGGAAGAAAUGGAUUUGAGGAAAACACGACAUGGGGGUUUCAGAUUUCCUUCACUUCCACGUGCAGGAUAUGGUGAGGCCCAGCUGAGCCCUACGUUUUAUGAAGAAGACUGCCCAAAUGCCACAAGCAUUGUGCGUGCUGUCAUUGGAGAGGCUUUGCAGACAGAUCUCCGUAUUGCUGCCAGCCUCACCAGGCUUUUCUUCCAUGACUGCUUCGUCAACGGUUGUGAUGGAUCAGUCUUGUUGGACAACAGUAGUACCAUAGACAGCGAGAAAGGAGCAUUUCCAAAUAACAACUCAGCCAGAGGAUUUGAUGUUGUGGACAACAUCAAGACUGCUUUGGAGACUGCUUGCCCCGGCAUUGUUUCCUGUGCUGAUAUUCUCGCCAUUUCUGCUGAAGCAUCUGUUUCUUUGUCUGGAGGCCCCUCAUGGACAGUUCUAUUAGGAAGAAGGGAUAGCACAACAGCGAAUCGCACGGCUGCCAACGAAGCCCUUCCAGCUCCCUCUUUCACCCUUGACGAACUCAAGGCCAGCUUCGCAGCUGUAGGCCUCGACACCACUGAUCUGGUUGCACUAUCCGGUGCUCACACAUUUGGGCGUGCUCAAUGUCAAUUUUUCUCCGACCGAUUGUAUGACUUCAACAGCACAGGCAGUCCUGAUCCGACCUUAAACUCAACCUACUUAGAAACACUGAGUGCGUUAUGCCCGGAGUCCGGGAAUGGGAGUGUGCUGGCCGAUCUCGACCCUUCAACUCCUGAUGGUUUCGAUGCCGACUAUUUCUCUAAUCUUCAAGUUCAUUAUGGCCUUCUCCAAAGCGAUCAAGAGCUAUUUUCGACCAGCGGGGCUGAUACCGUUGACAUUGUUAACAGCUUCAGCGCUAAUCAAAGCGCCUUCUUUGAGAGCUUUGUGAUAUCUAUGAAUAAAAUGGGGAAUAUAAGCCUCCUGACCGGAACUGAUGGAGAGAUUCGAUUGAACUGCAGUAAGGUUAAUGAAGAUUCAUAUGGAUCAUCUGCUACUUUGAUAGCUGAGUAUUAAGGCUAUGUAAAUCUAAUCAAGCUUAAUGCCUGAUAUGAUGAUUACGAUGAUCAUGUCUAUGACUUCAUGUUCGAGAUUAUAUGACUACGAGCUCAUCACUUUCUAUGAAAGUUCUUGAAUAAAACUAUGAC